AUGCAAGCGCGCCCCAGCGGCUCCGGCGAUCCGAGCGACCUCACCCUGGUCUCCGCAGACGGCACCCGCCUGACGUGCACGAGGGAGUCACUCUGCCCCGCGUCCGGGUUACUCCUCCAUCAGCAAUCCGACGGCACCCUCCACACACUCCUCUUCACCCGCGCGGACGAGGACGGGGCGACGCUGGCCCUCCUGCUCCAGUUCCUCGAGCAUGUGACUGUGGACUGCGGACCGGCGUCCGCACACCUCUAUGUGCGCGUCAUAGCGCUGCUGCAGCGGCACAACUGCCCCCGUGUCAUCGGACACUUGACGCUCGCCCUGGAGCGCGCGCUGAGGCAGGGCCAUCUCCCGCGCGCGCUUGCGUUCUGCCUCGGCGCGGUCGCGGACGACGGCGCGCUCUGCGCCGCGGCGCUUGCGUGCGACGAACCCCCCAACGCACCCCAUGCAUACGGCUUGCUCGACCUUGAUGCUCUCCCCCUCGAGGUCGUGCAGGCCGUGCCUCCGGUUUAUUUCUGGUUGCUGAAUCGCGCAUUCCGCCGCCGCAUCAAUAACAAGACGAGCUGGGCCGAGCUCGCGACUUGGUUCGAGCGCGAGGCCAGUCGUGUCAAGGUCAAUGUGAGCGGGUCGCAUGCGGAAAUCCUCCGCGACAAUGAAGCUUGUGCGUACGUCACGGACGACAUGAGGCGGAGUCUCGAGCUCGCCCUGUCCUCCAAGGGCAGCAGUCCCAAGAACGGUACUGGCGUGUAG